AUGAUGCAGCAUUUAGACAUGGCUCUACUGUCGGCAUUUGUGGAGAGGUGGCAGCCGGACACAAACACCUUCCACAUGCCGUUUGGAGAGAUUUCGAUCCUUCUACACGAUGUGCAUCACAUUCUUCGGAUACCGGUUGACGGACAGCUGAUGGGAGAUGAGGCGUCGCAGGAUACUCUUAAGUCAGACAUGGGUGGUCUAGUUCGACUUCCGGUGGAUGCUCAGGUUGGUGGUAAGUGGAAGUCUAAGUGGUACGAUAAUGGUGCUAUGCAUGCAGAGGGAUUGUUGGUGCGUGGGGGAGAGCUGAAGAUUAAGGAGAUGGAGGUGCAGUGUUACCUGUUUGUGUUACUGGGAUCCACGCUUUUUGUGGAUAAGAGUCGUGAUCGCCUUCGUCCUGCGAUCAACUUGUUUUCUGUCAUUCACUGCCUUGUGGAUAUUCCUUGGUGGGACACCGGCUGA